GCCCGGGCACAGGCACCGCGCACGGAAAGCCGGGGCUCCGCCCCACCGCGCCGCCGAUUUACCGUCAGCUCUCUUCCUUCCAGCAGGGGAUUGGCAAUAAUUCACCGUUAUUCGUAAUAUUUCGCUUUAACAUAAUCUUUACCGGCAGUCGGGCCUGCAAAACCGAAAGAAGCAGACGCCUGAAAGCGUGUAUGAUGGAGCUUGCGGCGUCUCCUCGGAAUUAAAUACUGUGCACCGUGAUAUUCCCAUAGUCAUAGUUACGCAGAAGCGAAGCAACAGCAUGGCAGCUGGGCGUGCAAGAUUGCACAGGGAUAAACCGGGAGGACAAGCCGCUACAUGCGGGGAAAGCAGGACAAAAGCCGACAGCAGCAACACGGCUUAAGGGAAGGGGCUCUGAGUCCGGGGGAAGGGAGUCGUGCGGCUGGCGGCUCCGGCUCUGGCUCUGCAGCUUCAGCAUCACGCCGUCUAACGAAGCGCACAUCUGCAUUAUUAAUCUGCAUUAUCAUCAGGGCUGCUUCUUCCGGGCAACUCUGCGUUUUCUUCUCGGCGCCUCGGGUUUCAUGCGUGGGGCUGAAGGAUCCCAAAGCGUAGAGGGGAUCCGAGGAAGGAGGGGGAGCGGAAAGCUGGUUUUGCUGCCGAAGUGGAACCGCGCUGGGCGUUGGGAAGGGAAGGAAGACCGGGGAACAUGAGUCGGACACCGUGAAGCCGCUGCCCGGCUCGCAGCAGGCGUGUGCUGAUGGAUCCCGCCGUCUUGCCCGUGGAGCUGUGGCGGGUGAUCCUGGGGUACCUGCCCCUCCCGGACCUGGGCCGCUGCAGCCAGGUGUGCCGGGCCUGGCGCGAGCUCAUCCUCAGCCUGGACAAGACGCUGUGGCGGCAGCUGUGCCUGCGCUGCCCUGAAUGCCGGCAUCCCAACUGGCCCAACAGGCCGGACGUGGAGCCCCAGUCCUGGAGGGAGGCGCUGAGGCAACACACCCUGGCCAGCCGCACAUGGACCCAGAAUGGGGCCGAGGUGGACGCCUCCAACUGCCUCUACCUGUUCCGGCGCAGGAAAGACCGCCGUGUGUGGCACGUAGGGGUUGGCUGCGAGCUGGAGAGCCUGCGGGGGGCGCUGUCGGUGGCAGGGCCCUUCGACCGUAUCGUGCUUCAGCCAGGCGUCUACGAGGAGCAGACAGAGCUACUUCUGAAGCUGCCCGUGGAGAUCGUGGGCAGGGGCAGGCUGGGCGAGGUGGCUCUCCUGGUCAGUAUCGAGCAGCAGUGUCCCACCGCCAGGCUCUGUAAUCUGGUCCUAAUGCCCGCCUGGUUCUCGCCCGUCAUUUACAAGACGUCCUCUGGCCAUGUGCAGCUGGAUAACUGCAAUGUGGAAGGAGGCCAGCUGCAGGUCCGCGGGCCCGGCACGUGCCAGGCUCGGUUCUGCUCCUUCGGCCAGGCAAGCGGCGUCCACUUUCAGAGCGUGGCGCUCAGCCUGCUGGAUAGCUGUGACUUCUCCGGCAGCGACGGCGCCUCGGUCACCGUGGACGGACCGCCCGUCUCUGACCGCAACUGGGCCUUCCGGCACCUGGCUGCUCUGGCCCGGGCCUGCACCGCUGGCGGCGAGCCGGGGGGCGGGGAUAGCCAGCCCUGCUCCCGGCCAGUGGCCGCUGCCCCCUCCCUGUGCCAGAAAGAAGCGGGGUGGGACUCGGGGCGCCGGAGUGGCCGGGGGAAAGAGGAGGCGCUCGGGGAGGGCACUGUCAUCGAGGACGACUGCAGCGAGAGCGAGCCGAGCGACGAGGAGGAGGUGGAGGAGCGUGAUGGCGGAGACAGCGCCCCCUACAGGCCAGCUUACAGGCUUGCUCACAGCUCCCACGGCCUGUCGCACCUCCUGGGAAGGGCCCCCCACUCUCUGUCUUCUCCUGCCCCACCGGGACUGAGCACCCUCCAGCAGGAGCUGCAGGAGGACGGGGAGGCUCGGGCACUGGUCACCUCCGUGCAGGGCUGCCUGCUGCGCGGCUGCCUCUUCCGGGACGGCAAGGGCGGCGUGCUGGUGUGCAACCACGGACACGCCCGGCUGGAAGCUAACGUGUUCCGCACUCUGACCUACGCCGUGCGCUGCAUCCAGAACGCCAAGAUUGUCAUGCUACGGAACGAGGUGCGUGGGUGCCGGGCGACUGGUGUGUUUUUCCGCCUCGCCUCCCAGGGCCUCGUCGCCGAGAACAACAUCCACUCCAACGCCGAGGCCGGCAUGGACAUCCGCAAGGGCGCCAACCCCAUUGUACUGUGCAACAGAAUCCACAGCGGCCUGCGUUCCGGCAUCGUCGUCCUGGGAAACGGAAAGGGCUCUAUUCGUGGCAACCAGAUCUACGGAAACAAAGAGGCAGGCAUCUAUAUCCUGUAUAAUGGGAACCCCGCGGUCAGUGGGAACCACAUCUUCCAGGGCCAGGCGGCUGGCAUUGCGGUGAAUGAGAACGGCAAGGGCCUGAUUGUGGACAAUGUCAUCUGCGAGAACCAAUGGGGCGGAGCCGACAUCCGGAAGGGCGGGGACCCGGUUCUUAGGAACAAUUUUAUUUGCUACGGCUACUCUGAUGGCGUGGUGGUGGGAGAGAGGGGGCGGGGCCUCAUCGAGGGGAACUACAUCUACUGCAACAGGGGCUGUGGCGUGUGGGUCAUGUCCUCCAGCCUGCCCCAGCUCUCAGAGAACCACAUCACCCACAACCGCAUCUACGGCGUCGCUGUCUUCUGCCAGAAGGACAGUGAGGCCGCUGGGGAGGGGUACCUUGCGGGCCAGGGGGCCGCCGGGGGGUUGGCGGCAGGCGGUGGGGGAGGAGCCAACGAGAACUUCAACGAGGAGGGGGAGAUGCUGGCCUGGGAGAGCGACCUGGACAGCGAGGACGAGCGCUACACAUCCCGGCGGCUGCUGGGCGUGGCUCUGCUGGAGAACAACCUGAUCAGCUGCAAUGGAGCGGUCGGGCUGUACGUGAAGACCAGCGAGGCCCUGAACCUUGUGGGCAACGCGGUGCACAGCAACGGGGCGGCGGGUGUGGCCCUCAUGCAGAGUGCGCAGCUCUCCCGCCUGGUCGCCAACUGCAUCUGCGCCAACGGGCACACCGGCGUGCAGGUGGCGGCCGGCUGCCGUGCCGAGCUCCGCGGUAAUGGUGUCUAUGACAACGGCGGCCAUGGCAUCAGCGCGCGCGGCGACGGGCUCAUCGUGGAGAACGACGUGGUGGGGAACCGUGGCUGUGGCGUGCGGCUGAUGGAGCCGGCCGACCUGAAGGUGUUGAGGAACCGCAUUCAGCCUGUCCAAGGCUGCGGCAUCCUGGUUCUGGAGAACGUGAAGGGACUGGUGCAGGAGAACGUGGUCUACCAGGGACGUUCCGGAAGUGCCAAGCCGCUGGUGCGCCAGGCCCCCGGCAACAGCGACUGUCUGCUCCUUAACAACACCUUGCUAUUCCACGGCAGCAGGAGCGCGGGCCAAGCGGAGCCCGCCUGGGCCCUGGAAGACCCCCCACCACGCCCUCACUUUGAGGGCCAGGGCACCGCCCCUACGGCCCCCCCCAGCAAGCGUCCUAUCGCCAUGGCGACCCGGAUCAGCGCCAGGGUGGAGAGCGGUUGCCACAGCAACGGCAGCAUUCUAUGCUCCAUCCUCUGACUUUCCAGCAUCGAUACCAACGUUCUCAAGUAGCAGGAACCUUGUGGGCCCUUCUCUUCAAGUCGGGGACGGUGCGCUGGACCCACGGUGCCAUAGUCUGGCUACAUGUGCCCUGGGGCGUUCUGCCAUGUUGUGUUCACUGCCACUUCGGACAUCUUGGGUCACCCCUGACUGUGGGACUUCUGGUCCUGACCACUAAAUUUCCACUAAAGUGCCUUUAAAUUGCCUCUCAAAUCCAUCUUGCUCUCCCUCUUCCCACAAUGCACUGCGCUCAGUCUGCCUGGCUGACAUGACUGCGUUUGACAGCAAACAGAGAAGCACUCCUACGUCUCACCUGGCAGUAAACCACUGGACACUAAAGCGCUGUGAGAGGGAGCCAGUUGCAGACUGGCGGCACACACACAGUUAACUUUUACAUUUUAACUCCUGGUCAUGAAGUACAGUUCGCAUUUAGUGUCGCCUUGCAGUACAGAAGCCGUAACGAGACUUACCAGCACUGCCGCGUGACUUCGUCAGCCAUGAUGUUGUCCGGUGCCAGAUUAGGAUUUUCACUCUUACUAGUGGCCUUUCUGUAAUCCACCUGCUACCUUUCUGACGUCACUCAGACAUUCUCACUUUCUCGUUUGAUCAUUCACAGGCGAUGUUUCAAAGGUCAGAAUUAAGUUGCCGAACCACAUUUUGCUCCGGUUUCCGGGGAAAAUGAGGAAUCCGAAUUCGGAAAGUACAAAUAUUUCAUUCCUGUCCUUUGAUAAAUCAUUUUAGACUUUGGGAUAUAACGUAUAAAUGGAUUUUCGUGUUUCUGCACCCCAAAGACAUGCAGUUCGGCUAACUGGUGUCUUUAUCCUGUGUUUACGUUCCCUGUGACGGACUACCAGAGCAAAACACAGGGGAUAAACCUGGAACCAAAUCUGGGGGAGAUCUCAACAGAAUGACCAUCUUUGCUUGCAUUUGCUGUGGAGCGCCUACGGGAGGCAGUGUUGCAGAACCCCUGCGUGCACGUGUGUCCGUGUGAACAGGUGUAUGGUGUCUGACACCAGCCUCACCUCCUCGCACCGGUGGGAUCAUUCACUGCAAAGCAGUUUCAAAGUGCCAGUUAACUGCAACGUCUUUGAGCACUGCAGACUCGUUUGGAUACAUAUUUUAGGUUUUGCAAGUGCAGAACACUGUCACUUGUGCAAUAUUAAUGUUAGAGAUGGACCUCUAUACAUUGCAACUAAUUGUAUUAAAUGAGAAGUUUAAA